AUGCACGAGACAGGAAUUCAUCGUUUCGGCUAUGCGCAGGUUCGGGUGCCCUGUCGCCGUGCCCAUUUUUACCAUCUACGCCACUCUUUCAAAAAUAUUGCUUUAAAUGAAUGGCCAAUUAAAUUAGAUUUAUUACAAUACAAACUAGAACAACAAUGGCAAUUAAGAUUAAAUUUUAAUUUUACAAAAAUUGCUACAGAAACAAAAUUAACACGUUCUUCAGUUGAAAGUUUUGCUGAUUUUGAUAAUUGCAUGAUUGCAAUUAAUGAAGAACAUUGGUCUUUACGAGUUUCUCGUUGUUUGACACCCCAUGUUUGUUAUUCUAGGAUGGCAAGGAAUAUGAGUUGUGUAGCUGCAAUUGCUGAUUAUAAAUUUGCCUAUUCUGGUAACGGUGAUUAUGUCUCUGCUUUAAAUGGGGAGGCCGAGCUUGGACCAAGUGAAAUAAAUUGUGAAGCUCCACUCCCCAAAUUUUCUUAUGGUAACCAUUAUUACCUUCCAUGA